AUGAUAACUCAUAAUGAUAAAACACUAUCAUUGGAAUCACGAGUUGUUUUAAGUGAUAAACACACUAUGCCACAAUUAGGUCUUGGUACAUGGCGAAGUGAAUCUAAACAAUUGCAAAAUAUUGUUAAAGAAGCUAUUUUAAAUUGCGGUUAUCGUUUAAUUGAUACUGCAUGGAUAUAUGAAAAUGAACAGGAAAUUGGUAAUGGUAUACAUGAAGCACUUGAACAAAGUCAAGGAAAAAUUAAACGUGAAGAUUUAUUUAUAACAACUAAAUUAUGGAAUCAGCAUCAUGCACCAGAUGAUGUUGAAUGGGCAUUACGUGAUAGUUUAAAAAAACUUCGUUUAGAUUAUGUUGAUCUUUAUCUUAUUCAUUGGCCAGUUGCAUUUAAAAAUAUGCCCGGAAAUACUUCGUCACAAAGCGAAGAUGAAAAAACACGUUAUUUUAACGAAAAUGUAACACUUACUGAUACAUGGAAAGCUAUGGAAAAAUUAGUUGAUUUAAAAUUAACACGUUCAAUAGGUGUAUCAAAUUUUAGUCAAUCUGAAAUUGAUGAACUAUUUAAAAUAGCUCGUAUAAAACCAGUUGUUAAUCAAAUUGAACUUCAUCCAUAUUUUAAUCAACAUAAUAUGCGUGAAUAUUGUGCUAAACAUAAUAUUGCUAUUAUGAGUUAUUCUCCAUUAUCAAAUUUAAAACGAGAAACUGAACGUGAUGAAGAUGUAUCAUCAUUAUAUAAUCCUGUUAUUCAAGAUAUAGCAAAAUCAAAACAUAAAUCAACAGCACAAAUUAUUAUUCGAUGGCAUCUUCAAAAUGGUCUUAUUGUUAUACCGAAAACUGUAACAUUAGAAAGAUUAAUUGAAAAUUUUGAAGUAUUCGAUUUUGCAUUAUCGGAUAAUGAAAUGCGUCAAAUUGAUCGAUUGGGUGAAACACAUCGUCGACGUCUUGUUAAUCCAUCAUUCCGCUUAUCUAAUAAACCAGUAUUUGAUGAUUGA